AUGCCUCAUGCCAUGGUAUCAGCUUUUCAAGGACACCAAUUCCUGAACAGCAACGUCUCCGGCAAUGCACGAGCGCAUUUCGGAGACACCCACAAUGAGACGACGGUUGUGUGGAACACCAUUCAUAUAGUCGUUCAGGAGUCGGGAGGUGAUGACAGGCACGUUGGUCUCCCGGACAAUGUCAGAAGCCCUGCGCGUGAAAAGAAGAUCAACGAGAACGUCGAAGCUCUUCUGCAUCACAUUGACCCCGAAUUCAAGGAAAUUACUAUGCUGGGUGCCCGGUUUGUCGAGGAAAGGGCUUUUCGGCUUCGCUCUGCUGCCCCAGACUCGUUUCUUCCCCCUGAAGGAACAGCAGUGGAGAGACAGGGAAGCAAUUCCCAACCCAGAACGACUUUCACUUCCAACUCCAAAGACAACAGCAUUCUCUCCAAAAUCUCAGAACUGGAAGGUUCGGAGCACCAAUCGCAUUCAGCGAUAGGGAAACAAGUGCACCCACCAGCCGGCCAUGCGGCAGACGUGCUCAUGUCGAGUUUGGUGGCAACUCGCAGAGAGCUUUCCGAGCUCAGAGAAUCUUUGAACAGUGUUGUUGCCCAACAGCGAGACCUUCUCAUGGCCUCACAGACGCGUGACAAGCCUCUUGUGCAGCGUUUAUUCCUUGCCAUAUUCAACGCUGCAAAAUCACGCCUCCGAGCCCAGAAUGCAGGAAACAGCACCAAGGCCAUUCUCAUCCAAGUAUUUGGCCCAUGGUGGGGUGUGAACUCAUCCAGUACGAACAGGAGUUCCGAAGACGAUGCUGCUGCUGCAUCAUUGGUUGACGAUUUCCUUCGUUCUUCAUUCCUUCUAGCAUGCUGCUACAUUCCUCGGAUGGCCAAGCAGCUCAUGUCAAGAGUUCGACAAGAUCCAGUUUUCGCCAUCUUGCUUCCAUGUCUGGGGUCUUCACUGGUACGACUCAUGCACAACAUCCCACAGCAUGUCAGCUGGCUCCAAGGAGAUGACAGUAUCACCCUGGAGGAUGCCCUCGGGGUCUCGAUCAAGAUUCCACUACUUUUGUGCCGCAGUUCCAAAAUAUUCCAUGCGUUCAUAGAGACCCAUUUCGAAAACAAGCCAGGCAUGUUAAUCGUCCAAGCGCGGAAAUACAGUAUUACACUCGACAGCCGCAGAGGGCGUGUCAUCCUUCAAGGAUCGGAGGGCUGGAAAACGGGAGAGAUCAAGGCUCGCUCGACCGUUAUCAUGUCGAUACAUGUCUCUUCAAAUGCAGCAAUAUGCUUGAACUGCGGAAAUCCUCUGGUAAAUCAGAGUGAGGACGUGAAUGAGUUUUAUACUUGUCCCUGUGGUCGACUCUAUCGGACGCACCAUGAAAAGCCAUCAGGGCACAAUGAUGCCACUAGCGUACCCGAUCAGACGGCGAGCAGUUCUGGUAUCGACCAGGAAAACCCUUCUGAUGCCGGCGCUUCAGCUAUACGGCUACCAUCUCCAUCAUCGAUUGACGGAAACGCCAACUCAUCUCACACCACCUCCCUCGACGCCGGCGAGCUUGCCGUAAUUCGAAACAUCGAUCUGAUGCUUCCUGUGCAGCAGUCUAUGGGAAUUCCUGAGGACUCUUCGGAAAGCUAUCUCUUACCCCCUGAUACUUCACUGGCAGAUGCUCUCACUUAUAAGAUGAGCCACAAGACGAUGUCCAGUGCGGGCGAGCGAGAGGAAAUAUCCAGUAUGCUUACGGAGCGCCUAGAGCAAACCGCCCUUGGCCAAACUUAUAUCAAUGGGGGCCCUGGUUCUGCCGUGAACAGGUUGCCUCCGAAUUCGUCGUUUGAAGAUCUGGUCGCUGCCCAGAUGAUGGACGUUACUCGAGACAUGCAGCGCCAGGUCCGUGAGAAGCUGGCAAGUAUUUCGAAAAGUACGGGCAUGACGCCGUCAGCGACUCCGAACAAUAGUGACACGCCGCUUCACGAGGGACAGGACGUUUCCUCGUUAGCUGUAGCCGACCACGCCGCCGGUAGUCCUCCUGGCAUGUCUUCGGACGACUCCCGAGAUCUCCAGGUAGAGGAGCUGAAGGCGAUGAUGCAGAAACUUUCAUCAAUGCAGCUGGCAAUGUCAAACGUCUACAACACAAUGCACGAGAACGCAAUGAAUUCGAUUAGGAAUAUCAAGGCAUGA